UCAACAAAGUAAUAAGAUUGAUUGUCAAUUAACACAUUCGUGUUAAUUUUGAACAAUGGUUUUCCGUUCACUUACACUUUUCGCCCGGAACAGGGGACCCGAUGAAUUUUGGAGAAAAAGAAAGAUUUUUCGGAUUGCUCAACAUUUUGCAGGUCGUCGGAGAAAUUGUUACACAAAUGCAAUUCGUGCUGUACAUCGUGCUCUGACAAAUGCAACAAUUGGCAGAAAAUUGAAGAAACUACAAAUGAAAGAGCUUUGGCAGUGGCGACUGACAGCAGCGUGUGAAGAGCAUGGAAUAACGCCUUACAUUUUAUUAGUGGGUUUGGGUAGAUGCGACAUUCUUCUAAACAAGAAAACUCUGGUAGAUUUGGCAAUAUGGGAGCCCCGAACCUUUAAAUCAUUGACAAACAUAGCAUGUGCAAGGACAAAAGCAGACGGCCUGAACAUUGUGAGUCAUUUGGAUUUCCCAGCAGGUGUUGUGACCCGAGGGAUGCUCAAGUGAAUGAGCCCUAAAAUGUUAAAUAAAUAGUAAAAAUCCACCAAAAAACGAAAUUAUGUAAGAAAAAAUUGAUAAAAAAAAAUAAAUCAUUUGUAUUGUG